CUCACUUGACCACACAUGCUACAGAUAGCAGAUGACACACUGACUACACUAUUUUUGUUCCUUGCAGACCACCCAGACUUCCCCCCCUACAACCUGGGCCCACCCCCCUCGGGCCCCCCUCCCGGCUCCUGGGACCCCGGGCGCAGACAGGAGAACGAUGAAUACGACUUCUUCCACCCUCCGGGCCCUCCGAUGAACAGGGGCUCAGAGAGCGACUUCUCCAGUGACAGUGAGCAGGAGUAUCAGAGAAGACAACACAGCAGAGAGAGAACCCGGGAAAGAGAACCACGGGAGUACCGGGACAGAGAUCGGGAGAGAGAGAGGGAUAGAGACAGGGACAGAGAAAGGGAUAGACGACGGGAAGAGCGCGACAGAGGGCGGGAGAGAGAGCGCGACCGUAGCCGUGACCGCGAGCGAGAACGGAGGCACAGAGACAGAGACCGAGAGAGCAACAGACGAACCGAAGAGACAGAGGAAAGCAAGGACAGACAUCGGUCAUCCAGGAGGAGACACCACGAUGACGGUGAGAAAGAUUCCUCCGAACACCGCAGCUCCAGACACAAGCGCAGCAAGCACUCCAAACGCUCCAAGGAGCGGGAAACCUCCAAAACGGAGGAGUCGACUGAAGGGGAGGCGCCACCCCCUGCAGAGGGGGGUGCAGGGGAGGAGGAACCAAUGGAGUCCUAGUAGAAACCAGUAGACAACUCUACAACUCAUCCUCCUACGCACGGACCCCAACCGGCUAAUCGCCUAUGAGGGGAUCCUGCUAUCUGAAGGGCCACCCCCGGUUACUGUGAGCGUCGCCACAAACCAGCUGUCUGCCAAUCAGAGAAUAGGCUUUCAGUUUUCAAAAGGGAUCUCACAAAGGCCUGAUUGGGCGCUGAUUGCCUGUUUCCCAUAUAAGGGUAAGCUCAUUAAUAUUUAUAAGCAGGGCGGUCAGUAACCGGGGGUGGCCCUUCAGAUAGCAGGGUCCCAACAUAGGGUAUUAGCCGGUUGGGGACUGUGCGUAGGAGGAUGUCUACAACUAUACUGUUUAACAUAGAAAGUGGAUGUUUGCCAGUUAUGUGAAUGUUAAAACAACAUUUGAUCUCAACAUCAAGAAUUCAAAUCAAGAUGUGUACUCAUAUGUUAAACUCAUGACUGCUACUCUCAACUUAUAUACUAGAAAUAAUGAAGUGUAAUAGAAAAACAGAAUUGAAUAGAAAACAUGUAUCCCCAGGAGUUUUUGUACUUUUAUGUACUGUGUCACUGUGCUUUCUUUUAUGACUUUAAAAGUAUAUUGGAAACACAACAAUGGAAAGACUUAUUAAGGUCAAUGGAGCUUCUCAUUUUGGGUUUCAUUUGUAGUCCUAAUAUUUCAGCCUGGUGUUGGUGUAAUGAAGGUGUAAUGUUGGUGUUAUAACGUCCUUGGUGUAACGGUUAGGGUGUUUGACCCAGAACCCAGGUUCUUGGUUUGAAGCCCCUGAUAUGCCACCCAUGUUGUGUCCUUAGGAAAGGCACUUUACAUGACUUCCCUCAUUAAACCCAGGUGUACAAAAUGUUUUUGAUUUUGGUUGGGGAGGUACAGGGCAGUGGUAGGAGAGGGAUGGGCUCCACCUUCUAAUGCUGUGCAGUAGACACAGUGGAUAACAACCCUGCUACCCCUGCAGCCACAAAAAGGCUAUAGCACUACAUUUUACCUUUUUUACCUUUUGGCUAACGAAUUUAUAACACAAUAGUAAUGUGUCAUAUUUUGGUGUACUAGGGACAAUGAUAGCACAAGAAGAGAACUAUCUUGUUGGACCACUUGUUGCUGUUGUUCAGUAAAGUUUAUUUUCAUUUCUCCACAUCAUGAAA